GGCCUUAGACACAAGGAGACAAGUGAGAACUCAAAGCUCCUAGUUAAUUUGUUCUGUGUUUUUGUUUUUGCUUUUGUUUGAUUUUGGAGUGUUGAGUUAUAGUGGUGAGAUAUGGACACAGACCAUGAUGUUCCAUCAGCCCCCUCAACACCUGUAACUCCAUCCACACCUGGGGCUCCUCUCUUUCAUGGGUUCAAGGCACACGGAACCAGUAGUGGCAAUGGUAGAAGAUCUUUUCUCAGGAGCUGCAAGUGCUUCAGUGUUGAACAGUGGGCCAUGGAAGAAGGCAGCUUGCCUACUCUCUCUUGCUCAUGGCCUACUCCACCACUUCCUGUCUCACUUGCCAGAAAGAUGGGAGCUGAGUUCAUAGGCACCUUCAUGCUGAUUUUUGGAGGGGCAGCCACAGGAAUUGUGAACCAAAAGACACAAGGCUCCGAGACCCUCCUGGGGCUGGCAGCCUCCACCGGGCUGGCGGUGAUGGUCAUAAUACUCUCUACCGGUCACAUCUCAGGCGCCCACCUCAACCCUGCUGUGACCAUUGCCUUUGCUGCGCUAAGGCACUUCCCAUGGAAGCACGUCCCAGUCUACAUAGGAUCACAAUUGAUGGGAUCAUUGUGUGCUGCAUUUGCACUGAAAGGGAUAUUCAACCCAGUAAUGGAUGGAGGCGUGACGGUUCCUUCUCAUUCAGGGGCGUACGGUCAGGCUUUCGCUUUGGAGUUCAUCAUUUCCUUCUUCCUCAUGUUUGUUGUCACUGCUGUCGCCACCGACACCAGAGCAGUGGGAUCGCUGGCGGGCAUCGCGGUGGGAGGCACUGUCAUGCUCAAUAUUCUCAUCGCCGGGGAAACCACUGGAGCAUCCAUGAACCCAGUGAGAACACUGGGGCCAGCCAUAGCUGUAAACAACUUCAAAGCCAUAUGGGUUUACCUCACUGCACCCAUCCUUGGAGCUCUGUGUGGGGCAGGUGUCUACACAGCCGUGAAGCUUCCAGAGGAAGAUGGUAACACUCACUCUCUCAACAAGUCCAUGACGGUGCAGAGCGAAGGUGACCAGUCAAUGUCAUCUGUAGGCCUACAACAUAAAUUCAGAAACUUCACUAGAAAGGUAAGGCAGUUCUUUGAAGAGAUCAGAAACAACAGCCCAAUGGAUCGAGAUCCGGCCAGUACAUACAAUACAUAGACCAGACCCAAGAUUUCAUUUGUUCAAAUCCCAGUAUGAGCAAUGGAAGGUGACCUGCAUUCAAAUGUGUAAUGGAAGAAUUGGGAAUUGAGUAAAGAAGGUUUACCAGUUCUGUUUUCUGUUUUGGGCUAAGGGUGGAGGUGGGGCUGUUUAAUAAAAGGUCAACUCCAUUUUAAGGCUUUGUUUGUUAUCCUUAUUUACUCAUCUUGUUUCUCAUUCUUUUGCAUGUAUGUGUGUUUUCAUAAUGGCCCUGCAAGAUAUGCCCAAUCAAUAAAGUUGAUGGUGGAUUGAGACUGA